AUGUCCAGCAGACAUGGGGAGUUCUGCAAAGACCGGAUCAACUUCAUGCAUUCAUCAUCGUCCAACAGUGCUUUUCAAACCGCUGCACCAUAUUCGAAUACAACGGAACUAGCGCCGGCACCGUGGACGGAUUCCGCUCGUCACGAAAAACAAGAAAUCAAAAAACAGAUUGCGGAGCUAGUGAUGUCAGAGAAGCCUGGUUCGAAGAUUGUCUCACCGGAUGAUGUUUUUCUGUAUUCGAAGGGUAUGGUGGCUAUUAAUUAUGUAGCCAGGGCAUUGCUAAAGACCCUACCGGGUCCUGAAUACAAUGGUGCGGUUGUUUACGGAUGGCCCUACGCCGAGACACCCAAGGCCGUGGAGAUGGCCGGGUUCGAACGAUUUACGUUAUAUGGACGCGGGACGGCGCGGGAAUUGGAUGAGCUGGAGGCCUUGUUGAAAUCGGGUCAACGCAUUCGCGCGUUGUUUUGCGAGGUUCCGUGUAAUCCGCUGUUGGAGUCGUCCGACCUGUUACGAGUCAGAGCGUUGGCGGAUGAGUAUGGCUUUGUGGUGGCUUGCGAUGAGACCCUGGGGACGUUUGUCAAUAUCGACUUGCUGCCAUACGUGGAUGUUCUCGUGACGAGUUUGACCAAGAUCUUCAGCGGCGCGUCCAAUGUAAUGGGCGGAAGCGUGGUCGUGAACCCCCAAUCCCAACACCACGGUACAAUCCACUCCGCGCUCAAAGCCACCUUCGAAGACGAAUACUUCCCCCUCGACGCGAUAACAAUGUCCCAAAACAGCUCCGACUUCGUCUCCCGCGUCCACCACAGCAACACCAUCGCCCUCUCCAUUGCCAACCUCCUCUCCUCCCACCCCUCCAUCCACCACGUCCACUACCCAACGAUGGUAACCUCCGCACCGCUCUACGAACACUACCGCCGCCGCGACGGCGGGUACGGGUUCCUGCUAAGCAUGAUAUUCAACCACACGACGAGCGCGGUAUGUUUCUACGACGCGCUAGACGUGUGCAAGGGACCCAGCGUGGGGACGAACUUUACACUGGCGAUCCCGUAUGCGCAGCUAGCGCAUUUCCAAGAAUUGGACUUUGCGGCGGAGUAUGGGGUCGAUCGGUAUAUUGUGCGGAUUAGCGUUGGGUUGGAGGAUGGGGAGGUGUUGAUGGAGAGGAUGAGAGAGGCGUUAAGGGCGGUUGAGCGGUUGGAGGGUGCGGAAGCUACCAGCGGGCACGCGAAAUCAUGA